AUGCAGUACCUCACUCUUCUGAGCACGUUCGCCGCCAUCCAAGGCGCUCUCGCAGGCGGAGUCUCGGUCUUUACCGGGCCCGACUGUACAGGCAAGCAGACCAACAUCCACUUCGACUCCAACAGCAUCGUCCCCAACAUCCCCGCCUUCGAGUCCUACAGAGAGAAUGGAUACGGGGCGCAUGGACAGAGGAUCCAGUUCUGGACCCAGCCCGGCACUGGACAGCAAUGCGGAGGUGAAUACCUGUACGACACCUGGGCCUACGGCGGCGACUACUUCCAGUCCCAGAAGUGCUACGACAUCGGGGCGCACCCAGACUCCCGCUGGCUGAAGGCUCGCUGCAUCAAGACCGUUGCUGCGUAA